AACUUUUAAUAUGAUGAGUUCCCACCUGAAAAUAAUUUGCCUUUUUUGGAUUUGCAUAAUGUUUGGCCAUGAGCUGAACUUUGCAAAAUCUGAGAUUGGAGAAGGAACCAUGGAUCUCAAAGAUCUGGACAAAUGCUUCAGAGCGACAACAUGUUUAGAUGAAGAAUUUAUAGAACUUAGGAAAUGCUACGCCAUGAUGGAAGAAGAGGAGACUCAGAAGGCUAUUUCCAUAAUCAAAGAGAGCGCUGGAAGGGCAAAUGUAGUAUUCAUGACAAAUAAUGUUGAUGGAAUGCGAGAUGAAUAUUGUGCUCUUAAUGAAAAACAAAAGGAAGAUAUGUACAAGGAAGGAUUAGAUCCACUGUUGGAUAUGUAUGCACUUUAUUGCAUGUCGUACAAGACAAAGAAGCAUUGUGACCGUCUAGAAAGUUUUCUGGAUUGUGGUUUCAGUAUAAUGGAAAGAUAUGCAGAAGAAGGCAAAUGCACGAAGUCAGAAGAUACAGCGGAAUGAAAUUCUCAAUAUGUUCCUAAUUGUGGAAAAUUAUACCCAUAAAUCUUUGAAUUAAAAUAUAUAAUAAAGUCUUUAAAGAUGAAA